CAUAUUUAAACAUUGAUAUUGGACGAUCUCAAACUCAAAUUAUGAUUAACUUGGCAGGUUGGUUGUUUCAAGCACUUCAGUGUAGAUCUCUCUCGCUUGUAUGAGAUUCACUAUCCAAUGGACGAGAAUAGAAGUUCCAACGAACCCAACAAGUGGAAGAUGCCUCUCUUCGUUUUCUUCAAAGAUGCAAGGAAUGUUUUCAAGCUGGAUGCUCUAUCUCGGGAGAUAUUAGGGAUUGCACUCCCCUCAGCACUGGCCGUUUCUGCUGAUCCAAUUGCUUCUCUCAUAGACACAGCAUUCAUAGGCCGUUUAGGACCGGUGGAACUUGCAGCUGCUGGAGUUUCCAUUUCUUUGUUUAACCAAGCUUCGAGGAUUACCAUAUUCCCUCUGGUCAGCAUUACCACUUCCUUUGUGGCUGAAGAAGAUACCAUUCAAAAACUGAACACCAAAGCAGCUGAAAAUGGUAAUAGUAAGGCCAAGUUCGGCGAAACAAUUGUGCCAGAGGAUCAUAUGCUUCAAGACAUGGAAAAAGGUACCCCCAAAGUGAUGAAUACUGACGCUCCAACAGAAUUUAGGGAAGAAAAAGAUGAAUCAAAGGAAUAUAAUGCUACCGGCAACAAUGACACAAAUAUUGGAGAUGGAGCCAAUACAAUAUGCAAGUUUUCAUCGGUUACUAGCAGUAAGAAGAGUAAGGACAAAGUUGGAAAGAAAAAGCGACUUAUUGCUUCAGCAUCAACAGCACUACUUUUUGGCACAAUCCUUGGUCUCAUUCAAGCUGCAGUUCUUAUAUUUGCAACCAAACCUCUGUUAGGUGUUAUGGGUGUCAAACGAGAUUCUCCUAUGCUAAAACCUGCAGAGAGCUACUUAAGAUUGAGAUCGUUCGGGGCACCAGCAGUACUUCUCUCCUUGGCCAUGCAAGGCAUCUUUCGAGGGUUCAAGGAUACAACAACUCCUUUAUAUGUCAUCGUUUCGGGAUAUGCAUUGAAUGUCAUAUUGGACCCAAUUUUUAUUUUCACAUUGAAGUUAGGCAUCAAAGGUGCAGCCAUUGCACAUGUUCUCUCCCAGUACAUGAUGGCAUUCACUCUCUUAUUGAUAUUAAUGAAAAAAGUGCAUCUCCUACCUCCAAGAAUAAAGGAUUUACAGAUUUUCCGAUUUCUUAAAAAUGGAGGAUUGUUGAUGCUAAAGGUAAUAGCAGUCACAUUUUGUGUUACCUUAGCAACAUCAUUGGCUGCAAGGCUAGGUUCAAUUCCCAUGGCUGCAUUUCAAACAUGCCUACAGGUCUGGAUGACAUCGUCCCUUCUUGCAGAUGGUUUGGCUGUUGCUGUUCAGGCAAUUCUAGCUUGUUCUUUUACUGAGAAAGACUAUAAGAAAGCAACAGCAGCAGCAACAAGGACACUGCAAAUGAGUUUUGUUUUGGGAGUGGGGCUCUCUCUUGCUGUUGCACUUGGAUUAUACUUUGGAGCUGGAGUGUUUUCAAAAGAUGCUCAUGUUGUGCACUUAAUUAAAAUAGGCAUCCCGUUUGUGGCUGCUACUCAACCAAUCAAUUCAUUAGCCUUUGUAUUUGAUGGAGUGAACUAUGGAGCUUCUGAUUUUGCAUAUUCAGCAUACUCUCUGGUUCUGGUGUCACUAGUAAGCGUAGCCACAGAAUUCAUUCUCUACAGGACCAAACAUUUCGUUGGGAUUUGGAUUGCAUUAACCAUCUAUAUGACUCUUCGCAUGUUGGCUGGUAUAUGGAGGAUGGGAACUGGGACAGGACCUUGGCUCUAUCUCAGAGGUCGCUCACUGCCUUAGCAUAAAUAACUAAUCAUCAGGGAAAUUUUGUUGUCAAGUAGUACAUCUUUUGUAUCACAUUGUCACUUUUUCCCAGAUCUUUAGAACUUUUUUAUUCUUAAUUUUCCCCUACUUGGAAUACAUAUUGGAUUGCUUUAUUUUCACGAUUAUACUUUUGUGAUACAUCAAUAUAUCUAGGAUUGCUUCCUUUACAAAUCAUAUAUAGUGAAUACUACUUAUUUGA